AAAGUCCAGGUUAACAGCAAAAUCAAUCUUUCCAAUAAGUUGGGUUUUGCUACUUAAAAAUAUCUUUAAAAAAUAGUUGCAACACUAGUAAAACUUCCCCUUAUAGCUAAUUGCACUGCGUCAGCUGAUUCUCAAGCUUUCAUAGAGAAACUGGCACUCUAGCUUUCUAAUAAGAGGACAUGCAUACACGUUACUCCUCCCUCUCUUCAGCAGUGGUUUUCAAAAUCAGCAGAAGUUCUUAAAACACAAAUGAACAGAUAAGAAAAUCUUCACAAAUGGCUACGCCUUCAGCUGAUUUACUGACCACUCUUCCACACAAGAAAGCCUUUUGGGGUAACCAAACUGAUCUAGCCACGAAUGCCACAGAAAUUCAACGCAGUGCAAGCUGUUCCUUAGAAGACGAUGCACUGUCAUUUGCUUUCAUAUUUUUUUACUCUGUUAUUUUUGUCAUUGGAUUGGUUGGAAAUAUUAUAGCCCUGUUUGCAUUCCUGUGCAUUCACCAGAAAAGGAAUUCCAUCCAAGUUUACUUGCUAAAUGUAGCCAUUGCAGACCUUUUGCUGAUCUUCUGUCUUCCCUUCCGAAUACUGUACCACAUUAGCAAGAACACGUGGAUGUUUGGACGGAUUUUAUGCAAAAUUGUAGGAACUCUAUUUUACAUGAACAUGUACAUCAGCAUAGUACUGUUGGGACUAAUUAGCCUAGAUCGUUAUGUAAAAAUAAAUAAGUCUGUGAAACGGCCUAAGAUGUUAACUACUACUCGAAGUAUACAUAUUUGUUGCAUUGUAUGGGCACUUGCACUAAUGGGAUUUUUAUUAGUAGUUGCACCAUCUCUUUUUAGAAGCGAGGACAGCAAUUCUACCUUGUGCUUUCAUUAUCGGAAUAAAAAGAAUGCAAUGACAGAAGCAGUUUUAAAUUAUAUUAUUGUCAUCAUUUUUUGGACAGUUUUUCUCCUUUUGAUACUUUCGUAUGUUAAAAUCGCCAAGAACCUACUGAAAAUUUCAAGGAAAAGAGCUAAUUUUCCCAAUGCAGCAAAAUAUACGAAGACAGCAAGGAAUUCCUUCAUUGUACUCAUUAUUUUCACCAUAUGUUUUGUUCCAUACCACAUCUUCCGAUUUGUCUACAUUACAUCACAGUUACAAAAUCCAUCUUGUUACUGGAAGGGAAUAAUUCACACAUGUAAUGAGGUUAUGCUCAUAUUUUCAUCUUUUAACAGCUGCUUAGACCCAGUUAUGUAUUUCCUAAUGUCCAGCAGUGUACGUAAGACUGUACUCCAACUUAUUUGUAGAAGAAUUCACGGAGAUUCAAGUGUAACUCUGGAAAGUACUUCAGAAAUAAAACUUGGACAAUAUACACAAGAGCGAUUAUCUACUAUCACUCCGCACUCAAGUUCUGUAAAGAAGAAGCCUGACUUAAUCAAGUAAAGAGAUAACACCUCCUCUCACUGUCACUUCAGGACAUCAACUUAAGAUACACCAAAUACAAUACUGAAUGGAUAUGAACCUUGUUUUGUUCUUCCCUUUACAAAAUGAGAAGUCUUACUUCUGUUUGUGAAAACGAGAAGCAACUUCUCAGAAGUACUUCACUCUUGUUUAUCUGAGAAAACAAAACAGGAAACUUCCUUCAAGUUAUCUCAGACACCUACUGUGGGACUAACCUGGAACACUAAGUCUUUGGGGAGAUUUCCACAAAGUGGUUUGAGCCUGUAUAAGGAAUCUUGUAUACAGAUGUUAAUAUUAGCAAUUUGUGUAUAUAAACAGAUGCAUUUUGCAGAAGUAAUGCGUCCUAUUCAAAAGAGUUAUCUGAAUCAUUAAAGACUUUAUGUACUCUCUGCUUUAACAGGUUUCAAAGAGAUCAGCAUUUAACUGCAUUUGCAGAACUAUUUUUUGCAAGGAAAUAUUUGAGAAUUUAGCAACAUAUGUGGCUCAAACAUGAGGUAAAGAACACAGCUGCCAUUGAUUCAGUUAUAAUUACUGAAGAUUCACUUCAUUAAAUACCAAAACUAAAAUAUUCAAGCCUCCUAAGCCCUUUAUUAUAUUUUCAACAUUUUAAUGAAUUUCAGGGUUGAGUACUUGAGGAAAAGUUAAGCACUGCUUAGGAAAUUUGCGAAGGAGAGAUGACAUAUGAGUAUUUUCAGCUAGCUAGGAUUUCCUAAAAAAUGCGAACAACAAAUUUGGUGGCUUCAGCUACACAAAGUAUUUCAACUAGGAAAAAACUGAGCAUACAGAGCAGAACAGAAAAAUUAGCUGUUGUGAACACUGAAAGCAUCAGCUCUGAUCUUUGUUCAGGAUCAGUCACCUAGUCUACUUACAGGUUUAUGGAUUCAGGUGCAAAGUAAAAUUUUCAACUGUAAGGUUGUUUAAAACAGGAGGGGCUGAAGGUGGAGCUUGUUAGACCAAAAGACAUGCAAAUAGACACUUAUACUGAGAACAAUUUACAUGCCUAGCAUGAGAAUCCAGAAAGAUGAACUAUUUAGAUACUAGAUGUUAGAUACUAGCUCUGCAAAAGAAGAUUCUAUUAUGCUUAACACAUACAAACAAUAUUGCUCAGUUUAGCUGAAAGAAUUUGAUAUUAAUAUGAUUAUCAGUAACUUCUCUAAUAGAUCAUGUGGCUUUUUACCUAAUCUAUCACAAAAUGUGCAGAUUUUUAUUAAUCCAGCAAAAUAUUCUCAUUUUAUAGAAGCUAGUUAUAAAAUUCCUAUUGAACAAAGCAAGUAUAAAAUUCACCUCCGCAAGGUUAUCACCAUGGUUUAAUUUUUAUGUGGUUUUACUUCAGUUUCAGUACUCUAGUUUUGGAUGGGAUAGAGGUAAUUUUUUCCUAGUAGCUGGUAUGGUGCUGCAUUUUGGAUUUGUGAUGAAAAUGACAACACACCAAUGUUCUGUUUGUUGCUAAGCAGUGCUGUAUGGAGUCAAGGACUCUUCUGACUCUCAUGCUGCCCUGCCAGUGAGGAACUGAGGGUGCAUAAGAAGCAAGAAGUGAACAGAACCAGGAUGCUGACCCAAAUUGGCCAGUGGGACAUCCCAUACCAUAUGGUGUCAUGCUAAGCAAUAAAAGUUGGGGUAAAGAAGCAGAAGAAGGGCAUGUUCAGAGUGAUGAUACUCAUCUUUCCAGAAACAGUAAGGCAAAAUGAGCUAUUCUGUAGGUGGCUGAACUCCUGUCUGCCAGUGGGAAGCAGCAAAAGAAUUCCUUGAUUUGCUUUGCCUGCAUGUGUGGCUUUUGAUUUACCUAGUAAAAUUGUCUUUACCUAAAUAUGAAUUCUGACAUUUUUAGCUUCCCCAUCAUCUCCACCAGCUGUGGGGGAAGGUGAGUAAGCAGCUGCAUGGGACUGAAACACCUGCUGGGUUAAAGCACAAUAUUUCCAGAAAGGGGGUGUAAACACUUUGUCAAAUCAAAAUACAAUGGUAAGGUAAAAAAAACCUGAACAUUCACCAAAAAGAUUACAACUCAUGGACACCACACUACUGCAAAAAAACAUUUUAGUAUUCCAGACGUGCUUUAGUAAACUAUUUAACACUUACUUGCUUACUAAAACUUCAUUUUGUAAACAACUAAAUUCAUGAAAAGGCAACAGGAAAAUGUCACUACAGUACAGCAAGUUCUGGUUCAUUAUCUGGUUCAUUCUGGUCCACUACGUGAACACUAUUAUGUAGGCUUGUUUGUUGCAAUUUUAAUAGUGAAAGCUAUUAAGUAUAUUCUUAAGAGGAAGUAUGCUCUGCAUUACAGACAUUCUUUACAGAUUGUAGACUAGAGCCAUGUAUAAUAUGGCUCAAUAAUCAACAGAUGAUUAAAAAAAGAACUUAGAAGAAACAUGAAAGAGUGAUACAUUCCCAGGACUGCAUAUUACACCACGUACUACUUCACUUUAAUUAACCUCUGUGCUUAAGGAAUGAAAAGCAUAUGUGACCCAAAACUUUUAAGAGAUUUCAGAAGCUACAGUUCAGUGUUUGUAUUAGGCAACUGCAGCACCUACAAAGACUAAUAAAAUUAGGCAAGCUUGGGUAGAUAAGGGGUUUGAGGAAAAUCAUCUACCAUAAAAUCAGUUCUAGCAGUGCUGUUACAGAGGAGCUAGCAGAGGGGCUCUCCAGUAGUACUGAGAAGCACCAGGAUAAAGGGAAUAAUGGCAUACAUGAACUGUAACAAGAUCAUGUACAAAAGGUUCUAAAGAAUUUCAAAUGUUAGAGGCUAUUUCUUAUUUUGGAACUAGUUAAAAAAUGGAAAUAAAGCUUAAAAAAUACA